CCGCCGAUUACCUUAAGCUCGCACGAAGAGCAGCAAGAUGGUCACGACGAGGAGAGCAAGAGCAGUGGGCGACACCAGUGCAAGCAGCGUCAAGUCUGCAACACCAACCGUCACUCUUGCAGGCACAAAGCCGUCUCUCGAGGGCGGCCAAGAAGACGAUGGCGAGGGCGAGGGCUCCUUGAGCGGGGAUGAAUCGUCAGGUUCAGAGGACUCCUCCUCCGAAGAUGAGGACUCGUCGUCCGCAUCAUCAUCAUCGUCGUCGUCGUCUGCUGAAGAAGACGACGAUGAAGAUGAGCCAGACCUCGCGGCUCUCUUGGCAGCCUCCAUCGAAGCAAGCCGGAGAAACGAGAUGGGCAAGGACAAGGCGCACUUUGAGGCCAACGAGGACGUCAUUCACCUCGGCGACGAGGGCAAGGGCGAGGAGCAGGAGGAAGGAAGAAACGAGGAAGAGAGAGGCCCUGUCCAGAGAGAAACCAAUACUGCAAAGAGGCAAAGUGUUUCUAAACAAGCGGCGACGAGAAAGGAAGACCCGACCAUGGAAGCUUACUUUGCCAGAUUAGAGCGCGGAGACGAGCUUGGCGAGAACAAGCCAAAGACGGGCCGAGCUGCGCUCCGCCAGCGGCAAGCCGAGCGCGCCAAGACGGUCGGACCAGGCUGGUUCGACCUGCCUGCCUUCCCCGGCAGCACGAGCAGCAGCAGCAGCAGCAAGGGCGGGCAGAACAAGACGCAAAAGGAGCAGCUGGCCUCGUUGACGAAGCCCAACGAUUCGCUCGAUGCGCGCUCGCCCACCGCCGAGGCCAUGCGGCGCGAGGUGCAGGCGAUCCGGCUGCGCAAUGCCAUGGACCCCAAGCGCUUCUACAGGGGCGGCAGCGGCGACAAGGGCAUGCCCAAGUAUGCGCAGCUGGGUCGCGUCAUCUCGAGCGCCACGCAGCCGGCAUCGACGCUGGCGAGACAAGAGAGGGGCAGGACCGUCGUCGAGGAGCUCGUCAAGGAUGCUCAGGCGAGCGCAUACGCCAAGCGCAAGUUCCAGGAGCAGAACGUCAAGCGCACCCCCGGCCAGCGGCCCAACUUUGUCAAGAGAAAGUCCGGCGAGAAGAGCGGCAAGCGGCAGAGACGGUAACAGUGUAGGAAAAAUCGGUGACAUUCUCGGUCGGACGGGCGCAUGUACAGUAAUCAACAC